AGAUACGUUCAUCAAGGUACAACAUUUACAACACAAUUGAUGGUCAAUAUAUCAAUAUAAAUCAUAAGGAUUGCCAGCAACAAGUUAUAGUCAUACAGUCAUAAGUGGAAAGAGAUUGGUGAUGGGAACUAUGAAACGAUUAAUAGUAGUGCAGAUUCAGUAAAUAGUCUGACAGUGUUGAGGGAAUUAUUUGUUUAGCAGAGUGAUGGCAUUCGGGAAAAAACUGUUCUUGUGUCUAGUUGUUCUGGUGUGCAGUGCUCUAUAGCGUCGUUUUGAGGGUAGGAGUUGAAACAGUUUAUGUCCAGGAUGCGAGGGAUCUGCAAAUAUUUUCACGGCCCUCUUCUUGAUUCGUGCAGUAUACAGGUCCUCAAUGGAAGGCAAGUUGGUAGCAAUUAUAAACCCAAUCAUACAUUGUCAGAUGUAAUUUGUCAUGGUAGUAUGAAACCCAAUUAAUUAUGGCUUAUUUAAUUUGCUAAAUACCAUGUGUAAAUCUAUUCAAUAUCUUUUUGUAUCAGAGGUUAAGUAACUCUGAGUAAGCAGAGUUCAUAUCAAUGUGUAAAUAUAAACUAUAUAGAAAAAAUAUUUUACUUAUAAGUUAGAGCUGCCACAAAUGUGAGAUAUAAUAUAAACAACCAACCACUAGAUGGGAACGAAGAAAUACAAAAAACUUGUAGUCUCAAUUAAUGACGGUUCUAAUUUUUGAAGCCCGUUAAAAAAUGUGGACUCCACUCCAAUAUAUUUAUGUAUACCCACCCCAUUUCUGUAGUGUUACAAAGGUAGUCAAUUCUUUUAUUUAUAUAUAUAUAGGCAUUUUUUAAUACAGGGUAUGAAUGCAGGGUAUAUCAGUUACAGAAAGACCAGAAUAAAAAAAAAAGAUUAACACAUGAACUCAUAAUAGUAACUAGUAACAGUAACAAUAAUAUGAUAACACUUGUAUUACAUAUAAUUGUAAUAGUAUAACCAAAUGGUUUAAAGCAGGGGUGAAAUUCAGCAGGUUCUGACAGGUUCUGUAGAACCAGUAGCAGAAAUUUUGAGUAGUUUGGAGAACCAGCAAAUACCACCUCUGGCUGGCCCCAGAGUGGGGUGCGAACAGAGAUUUUGCAAUAUCCUUCCCCCAGGAGUGGGAAGGGAAUGGGGAUUUUGCAGUAUCCUUCCCGUGCCAUGCCCACAGAACCACGCCCACAGAACCGGUAGUAAAAAAAUUCACCACUGGUUUAAACUGGGUUUUCUUAUAUCUUGGCCUAUUUACAUUUGAAGGCAGCCAACUCUGUUAGCUGCUCUAUUCCCGCACACCACCUUGUUCCUAAGUUCAAAAUCAGCAGCUGCAUUUGUAAAAUACGCCGUGCGUCAUUACAGUAACGUUCACUCUGAUUUUUGUGGGGGUGGCUUUUUUUUCUUCUUCACCGUGGGGUGCAAAUCCAACCUGGUUUGAGUUAAGUUUAUGAUUCAAUGUACAAGUUCGGGCAAACUUAAUACAGAGCCGAUUUGGGCUUCCCAAAGGAGGCGGGCUCCCCCUACCGUCAGAGAAAAGUAAUUACGCUGAGGCCGCACUCGUAAGGAGCAAAGACAGCGAGAAUGCCCUCAGGCCUCAGCCCCAUUUUGUUUUUACCUGCCAGUUCAAUGGCAAGAAGAAAAAGGCGCGGCCGUUCCUCGUCGCGCGGGCCCAACCUUUCGUGCCUUCCCUCACCCUCCUUUCCAGACAUUUUGAAUCACGGGUAGGAACGCCUAAGCUACGGCGGUGGUAGUGGCGACCGCCGAUGGUAAACGGACCGACCAAUCCUAUACCGCCUCACUUUUACCGUCACUUCCGGCAAGGAGCUUCCGCUUCCGGGUCCCAGCCAAGCGGAGGCUUGCCGAAAGGGGUUCCUUUCCGUUCUCUUUCUUUCUUUUCUUAUUUUUUUUUGGGGGGGAGGGGAAAUUUGUUGUCCAGUUUGGGAACCCAGCCGGUCGCCGGACCUGCGGUUGUCGUCAUCAACUCCACCAUGUCACCCGGCGCCAAAGCCGGCUCCGCAAAGGUCUCCUCACGGUUUUGAAGGCAGAGAGAAAGACACCCAUUCUUCACAUUGGAGCACUUUUGAAAAAGCUCGCCUCCAUGGAAGAGGUACAACAAGAUUUAGCAGAACAGCCAAUAAAAAAGGCCAAGAUGCAAGAAUCAGGAGAACAACUAUUAAGGCAAGUGAGCAGCUCGGACAGUAAUGAUCAAAAACCUGAAUCUUCAAGUCUUGCUUCAAACCUGUCUAUAUCUAAUCAAAUCAUGCCAUGCACUGAUUACAUCUCAAGGUCAUCAAAUGACUAUACCUCACAGAUGUAUUCUGCAAAGCCAUAUGCACACGUCCUUUCUGUACCUGUUUCUGAGACGAUGGCCUCUUAUUCUGGGCAGACUCAAUAUCAAACCCUAACGCAGUCCCAGACAUACGCUGUUUAUCCCCAGACAACCCAAGCCUACGGACUACCUCCUUUUGGUGCACUGUGGCCAGGUAUGAAACCUGAGAGUGGUUUAAUUCAGACUCCAUCUCCAAGUCAGCACAGUGUUCUUACCUGCACUACAGGGUUAACCACAAGCCAAUCCAGCCCAGCACAUUAUUCUUAUCCUAUUCAAGCUUCAAGUACCAAUGCCAACUCAAUUUCCACUUCCUCACCUGCUGUCAAUAUUUCAGCAGCCACCGCCAGCAUCUCUCAACAGGAGUAUCCUACAUACACCAUCCUUGGCCAAAGUCAGUACCAGCCGUAUUAUCCCAGUUCAAGUUUUGGCGUGAUAGCACCAGCAGACAGCAGCACAGAGACCAACACGUUGACAUCUGCCACUUAUCCUUCUGAAAAAUCAAAUGCCAUGGUGCCUACCCAGACGGUGCAGAAACAUUCCUCUGGUGAUCCAUCUACCAGUCCAUCAUUGCCAAGAGCGACUGCAAGUAAACAUGUAGAUGAGCAAUCUAGGAGAAACAUGACUCCCAAAAACAGAGGCAAGAGGAAAUCAGACGCUUCUUCACCACAGGACAAUGAGCUUGAACGAGUAUUUCUGUGGGACUUGGAUGAAACCAUCAUAAUAUUUCAUUCCCUUCUGACAGGCUCAUAUGCCCAAAAAUAUGGGAAGGAUCCCAGUUUAGUUGUUGGUUUUGGAUUAACAAUGGAAGAAAUGAUUUUUGAAGUGGCUGACACACAUUUGUUUUUCAAUGACUUGGAGGAAUGUGACCAAGUACAUGUAGAAGAUGUUGCAUCAGAUGACAAUGGCCAGGAUUUAAGCAACUACAAUUUUUCCACUGAUGGCUUCAGUGGCUCAGGAAGUAAUGCCAAUCAUGGUUCAACAGGAGUCCAGGGAGGAGUGGACUGGAUGAGGAAGCUGGCAUUUCGCUACCGGAAAGUACGCGAGGUCUAUGAUAAAUACAAAAACAAUGUUGUUGCUCUCCUCAGUCCUGAGAAGAAAGAAGCACUACAGCGAUUAAGGGAAGAUAUAGAAGUGUUAACAGAUUCUUGGUUGGGAACAGCGUUAAAAUCCCUCCUGCUCAUUCAGUCCAGAAAAAAUUGUGUGAAUGUCCUGAUAACAACCACUCAGCUAGUGCCAGCGCUGGCCAAAGUCCUGCUUUAUGGACUUGGGGAAGUGUUCCCCAUUGAGAAUAUUUAUAGUGCUACAAAAAUAGGUAAAGAGAGCUGUUUUGAACGAAUUAUCUCUCGAUUUGGAAAGAAGGUGACCUAUGUGGUGAUUGGUGAUGGCCGUGAUGAAGAAUUGGCAGCCAAGCAGCACAACAUGCCAUUCUGGAGAAUCACAAAUCAUGCGGAUCUGGUGUCCCUUCACCAGGCCCUCGAAUUAGACUUUCUGUGAGGACCUGGGUGCAAAGCAUCUUGGCCCUGCUCCCAACAGUCACCUCGUGGCUUAAACAGGAUCCAGUCUGGGGACUUUUCUCUUUCAUCCAGACAAAGUAAUGCAGCCAGCGGAAGUGUACAGCAAGAGGUUCUUCUCCUCAUCGCUGCUUUCCCGGGAGAGCCGACAAAGCCUUGGCAAUGCAACGCCGGUGCUCGAAUGGUUCUCUGUGGGGUUGGUUGUUUUUUUUUUGGUUGGUUGUUUUUUUUUUGGCAAAGGGAACUUUGGGAAACUUCCAGGUGCAGAAUCUCCAGCAGCAAAGGCCUUUCUCCCUGUGUAGCCCUCUGUGGUAUUAUACUAAAGAGAAAAGCAGUUCAGUUUGGUAGAAUACUUUUGCCCCCUGCAGACUUCUUUCAAGCUGUUCAAUGGGAAAGGAAGGCAAAUGGAUUGUUUUUAUUGUAUUUUUUUUUUUUACAGAAAGGGGUCCAGGCAUGUCUCCCUUCUUGCAAAGCUCAGAAAUAGCACUGUUUGUAUGUUGGGUGGGUGGGUGGGAAAUAACAAAUAAAGUGUGUUGGAUGAAGGGGAGUUUUCUACUUUUUCCUAGUAAGCCAGGGACCGAAAAUAUCCAACCAUUCCCUUGAGGCACCAUGGCUGUCCCCAAUUCUUUUUCUAGCACAUACACCCAGUUGACUAGCAUGGUAUAUUUUUUAAAGUGAGGACAAGACUCUAGAAUCUAAUUGUCCCAUGCCAUCCCACUUUUCAGCACCUGCAUAAUUGGGGAACCAGAAAGCGCCUUUUCUUAGAUCGAAGAUGACACCCUGCCCAUCCACCCUAGGAGUCCCCUUCAGUUGCCAACUUCCCAUGCGCCAAGGAUAGUGUCCUUUUUGUUCCGAUUACUUGCGCUGCAACUUUUUCUGAGGCAAGGAUUUGGGUAGAACAAGGUACCAAGGAGCGGGUGAGGGUGAGGGUGGACUACAGCGCUGCAAUAUAUAUAUAUUUUUUUCAACCCCAGGGCAAAAGAGAUCCCUUCAGCUCCUUUGCAGAAGUUGACGGUAGAGAUAGCAGCCUGCUAAUGUUUUAAGAGAUGCCUCCUGUAGUUCUCCAGUUUCUUAUUUCCACUUGACAAUGGCACCUAAUUUUCUUCAGUACUGUCAUCUCGGCUGUAGCUGGAUAGCAACUUUGCACACACACACCCCUGCAACUUCUAAGUGCCCUCCCCUACCCCUUUCUUUCGGUUGUCAACCUGGAAGCUGUUGAAAUAGUAAACAGAAAUGGAAGUCACCCUUAGGUUACUAAAUGGCAGACCAGUACGGUGGCUCCUUGUUAGGGAGGCAGUGGGGCGAUUCCUUUUGGUGUAAGCGCAUGGUAAACGUUGAUGGUGCAGAUGCUGUGACAUUCGGUUGUUAGAAAAAAAGGUUCCUGUUUCCUUGCUCGAGGAGAUACAUAGUCUCCUUGUUGCCCGGUGUCUUUUACAAAUACUUUAAAAGACAGGCCUAGCAGUGUUUUAUUGGAUGAAAAUAUAUUCUCCCUCCCAGAUCUGCCCCCACCUCUCAGAUACAGAAUAGAAGGGGCCUCUGUUCUGUUCAAUCGCUUUCCUGCAGAUUUUUAUUUCUCAGCAAAAGUGUGGAAGUCAUUUGCCUUGAGGGGCCCUUGCUUGACUUUGGAAAUAACUCUUGUGCCUUAACUUCUUCCCGGAGUCCUGGAAACGUCAACCCUUGCAUGGAAGAGCCCCUUCCGUGUUGAAAGUUAAUCUUUUGAUUCUAUUUUUUUAAGCAAUCUCAGUCAGCAUAGCCAGUGAAUGUUGAGCCCCCAGGAAACUGGCUCAGAGGUGUGUGUGUGUGUGGGGGUUUUCCUAGAAAGAAGCCCCUUGGCAGGUUUUGGAAACACCUUUGGCCAUGUGAGCAGCUUUUGGCAUCAGGUUCUGAUCUUUGUAACGCCUCCUCUCCAAUAUACAUGGGCCAAUUUGUUUCCCUAAACCACUCAGGGUGAUGGUACAUUUUCUGCAUUAACUUUUACAAAAGUCGAUUCGGCUCUUGCACCACUGACUUUGCUGGCUGCUUUUCUCUUGGGGCUUCAUAGAACUUGGAAACCAGUGUGUUGCCACCUUCCUUCCCACUGUUUAGCUUUUAAGCAUGCCUGGUUUUUUUCCCCCCCUUCUAAUGCAAAGGUGGAUGGACUGGCAUCAUCUGAAGUAGGUGGAAGUCUCUCAUCUCCCACCAAGUGUGAGAAAUAGGCUGCAACUGCAAUUGCAUGCUGUAAGCAAAAGUAAAUGACAGUUGCGGAUUCUCCUUCAGGAUCCUGUCAACAUCCUGGUGUCAGCUGUGCUUAUGAUACGGUAGUGAUUGGAGGGCAUUAAAUGGCUAUAUAGAUUCCUUAAACAUCAUGUUCUAUGUAAUGGCAACUGUCCUGUGAACUGGAAAAAAAAUAAAGUCUUUUAUUUUCUAUACAA